CAGAUGCGCGGAUCGAAAUGCAUCGUUUUCAAGUAAUUUGUCGUCAAAUGUGCAGUGCGGUAAAUAAGGACCAAAUAAACGUGCUUGACGCUGCUAGAUUCUAUGCGCCUCAUUUAGGUGUACCACAAUCCAAGGUGUACAAAUGGCUGUUGCAAAAUCGUUCACUGGUAGAAUUAGACCGGACCGAAACAUUGAAAAAAGUGGCUUUCCUGAAGUACGUGAAUGUCACGAUGAGUGAAAUCUUUGAAAAACCCAAAAUCUUGCAAUGCCACCUGAUAACGUUGGAAAACAGAACCACUAUCCUGCGUGAGUGCGGUGUUUUGGAAGCGCUGAAUUUAAAUGUCGUCAGCAGUAGUCUCCGAUUGAUGCGUAACAGCGUCGCAAGGCUGAAACAGUUUCGGCUCAUUCCGGCCGAUCUAAACAUGUACGAUCAAAUGAAGCGUCAGUUCGAUCUAACGGUAGAACCGCAGUUCCGUUGGGACGACCAAAGCAAGGUGUGUGAUAUGCGGGCGUCUUUUAUCGAUGAAUUUCUGUUUCAACGACUCGGCAUAACCGAAACGGAGCGGCAGAAGCUGUGGACGUCGUACUCCAAAAUAAAAAAUAAAAGUUUUGGUCACACACAACGUGUUAUCGAUGUUCUGCAGCACGAUUACAAGUUCAGCCGUGAUAGGCUGUUGGCCAACAUGUACCUGCUGCAUGCGGAUCCGGAAAACUUACUACGCUUCCCGGAACACGUAACAUCGGUGGCUGGCAUCGAGUUCAAAGAGUUGGCGCUUAAAUACCCCAAGCUAGUUAUGAUAAACCACGUUACCUUCGCAAAGACGAUAGCGCUGCUGAAGGAACACAACAUACCGGAGUCCGAGUUGCUCAAGUGUCUCUGCGUUUUGACGCUUUCACCGAAUACCAUCGAGCAACGUAUCGAGCGGUUGAAGAGCGUGAAGGAAUUUGAAGUGCUGGGCAAGCACCCACGGGUGCUGAAGCUGAUCCAUCACCAAAAAAAGGCCAGCAUUCGAUUGGAGUACUUGCAGCAAUUGAAGGUUCGCUGUGCUUCGCUGGACGUACUUUCGAGUCAUUCGGGAAAUUUUGAAAGAUAUGUACGCGAUGGAUGCGACAGGACUAAAGGCAGAGACACAGCCCAUUUCCUGAAGAACAUGUUUGGCGAACCCGGUACGGCUGCAUUGGAGCAAAUGAAACGACACCCAAAUUGGUUCCAUGUGCCAAUCGUACAGAUGAAAGACACUAUCGAGGCAUUGCUGAAGCAAAAGUUUACCACCAGUGACAUGCUCGAUAAUAUCCACAUUCUGCUGUAUCCAUUAGGUAGAAUAGAAGAAAAACUGACAGUCUUGGACACCGAUGCAAAGAUAAACGAGGAACUUGGGGUCGAUGUUGGUAAAGCAAAUUCAUCGCAAAAGCUUGCCCUUGCGCUCUACUUGAUAGAGAUGGAUUUUCACUUUACUGGCGACGGUGUGUGGCCCGAGCAGAUGCAACAGAGUGAUUCCAGUUCGUCCAUAACGAUCGAGCUACCCAAGACGUUAAGCACGGAAUAUAAAUUUGGGAAAAAACCUGCUGCCAAUGCCACAGACAAAGAACAUUCAUGCCGUUAG